AUCGCAAAAGGGAUCCAGCUCGCUGCUCCCCAGGACCGCCAAAAUGUCCGCCCUCUUCAACUUUCAAUCACUCCUUCUCGUCAUCCUCCUCCUGAUCUGCACCUCGGCCUACACACACCAGAUCUUCCCCUCCUUCAUGGACAACCGCAAAGACGGCGUGGUCGGCAUAUUCUGGAAAUUCGCGCGCGUAGGCGAGCGUCUGAGCCCCUACGUCAGCCUCGCCUGCGUCUUCAUGGCCGUCUCCCUCCUCAUCAACUAGAUACCCCUCCCCCCUAACACGAGAAUCUCCCACGACACUACAAGGGACACCAGAGCGGGUGCACACACAACGGCGUUAUCAGGAAAUCAAGGAACCAGGAAAAUCAAACGAGCGGACGGCCGGCGUCGCGGGG